AAGAGUAAAGGACAAGCAGACGGACAUACCGACACACACACGCAUAUAAACGUACACAUAGAUCUAUACACCAACAUAUUUACGGCCCCCGUUCACAUACACGGUGUACAACAUACCCUUACAGGAAGUGCGUAGAGGGAGCCACCGGCGAUAAGAAGCGGUCAAAAUGACGAAGGACAGAUUAGCAGCCUUGCAAGCGGCACAAAGCGAUGAUGAGGAUAUGCCUGAGGAUGUGGCUGUGCCGGUGGAGGGCAGCUUCAUGGAAGAUUUCUUCAAAGAGGUGGAAGAGAUACGGAUGAUGAUCGACAAAAUUCAGGCCAAUGUCGAGGAAGUGAAGAAGAAACACAGUGCCAUCCUGUCGGCUCCACAGUCAGAUGAGAAAACCAAACAGGAACUUGAAGACCUCAUGGCCGACAUUAAAAAAACUGCCAACAGAGUAAGAGGGAAGCUUAAGGGUAUCGAGCAAAACAUUGAACAGGAGGAGCAGCAGAGCAAGUCGAAUGCCGAUCUAAGGAUACGAAAAACGCAGCAUUCGGCUCUGUCGCGCAAGUUUGUCGAGGUCAUGACGGAGUACAAUCGGACCCAGACGGACUACCGAGAGCGUUGCAAAGGAAGAAUACAACGACAGCUGGAAAUUACGGGUAGAGCGACUACAAACGAAGAACUUGAGGAAAUGUUGGAGCAAGGCAAUUCGGCCGUCUUCACGCAGGGGAUCAUCAUGGAGACUCAGCAAGCCAAGCAAACUCUGGCCGAUAUCGAAGCUCGACAUGCAGAUAUUAUAAAAUUGGAAAAUUCAAUUAGGGAACUGCAUGAUAUGUUCAUGGAUAUGGCUAUGUUGGUCGAAAGUCAGGGUGAAAUGAUUGAUCGUAUAGAAUAUCACGUCGAACAUGCAAUGGAUUAUGUUCAAACAGCGACACAAGACACAAAGAAAGCGCUUAAAUAUCAAAGCAAAGCCCGCCGGAAGAAGAUUAUGAUUCUGAUCUGUUUGACCGUGCUUGGGCUGAUUGUGGCAUCGUACGUCAGUAGCUACUUCAUGUAAAACAUAGAAUGAAGCUAAGAUUGAAGCGCGGAUUUCGCACGACGGCACACGCAAACACGUGGUUUUACGUGGUUGGAUUCUGAACAAAAACAACAACAACAACAUCAACAACAACAAAACUCAAUACACAAACGGCGAACAAAUAAUUG